GCUGCAGAGAAGUCCUGGAAGAAGAUUGAGUACGGAAAGCUUUGAUGAAUUUUCGGCUGCAACAAAGAGACAAAAUUAAUGACCGUAGAGGAAACUUAUUCGGCAAUCGAGAUUCAAGAAGCAUUUCUCCGAAUAUUGAGAACUACUGGAAGAACAAGAACUGCUAAUGCAAUUGUGUCUCUUCUAACCGAUACCAGUGGUGAUUCAGAUAAUGUUUUUUAUCAAUCAGGCUAAAACGCGAAAUGCGGAUAUCUAUCCUUCGUAUUAUGAAGUUGCUAAAGCAAAAAAGAAUGUUAUCCAUCGCAGGUGUAGGUCCAUAUAACAGAAACAGAAGCUGGCAUCAACCUUCAGUCUCUAAUCAAUCACUCAAUAACACGACUUUUUGAAGACCCUAAUUUACAACUUCCUCCUAUAGACAAAAGGAUGAAAACUUGUAAUUUAGAUUUACUCAUGAAAUAUGGCUGCGAUAGAGCUUCAAAUCAGGGAACGUAUAACCAAAUGUUUGCGGAUGAAGAUUCGUCAGAUACGACAGUGUUUACUAUAUUGAUGGUACAAUUAUGCUUGAAGGUAAGUGAAAGUUCAGCAGUUGUUUGCAGCAAAUCCUCACCAUGGGUCUCCUAGACGAUGCAUACCAAUAGCAUUAAUAUUCGCCAAGGAGACAAAGGAAAUUACAAAAACAGAGAUUCAAGAAAUCAAACGCCAAAUCAAAAAAUUGAAGCCUACGAAGAUCACUACACCGAAUGGCGUCUACAUAGUCUGGACUGACAUAAAAAUUGACUAUGGUAGAUGGUAAAGUCUGUCUAGCAUUCUCUGAUACACUUUCAUUGGCAAGCUGCUACAUUUGUGGGGCUAAGCCAAGCGAAAUAAACCUACUUGAUCGUGUGAAGCUGAAAGAAAAGAUUAUCACCAACUUAGAAUAUGGUAUUUCUCCUUUACAUACAAAGAUGCGAUCUUUUGAAUAUAUAAUACACAGAGGUUGUCGUUUAGAUUUCAAAAAUAGAUGUGCAAGGACAGAGGAGGAAAAAAACAAAAAGGCGCUGCUCAUACUCGAAUAUGCAAGGAGUUUAAAGAAAGGACUGGUCUGAUCAUAGAUCAGCCAAGGCAUGGAACUGGUAACUCGAAUAGUGGUAACACCGCCAGAAGAUUUUUCGCAGAUCCUGACCGAGCUGCUGAAAUAACAGGAGUGAAUAAAGAAUUGAUUGUUGGGUUUUCUCAAAUUUGGCAAAUGUUGACAAGUAGUAGCACGAAAGUUCCUCCCAUGUUUUUUAACAAGUUCGCAUUUGAAACUGCACAAUUGUACGUCAGUCUUUACCCGUGGUAUUUUAUGCCUCCAUCAGUACAAAAAAUGUUGCUACAUGGAGCAACAGUUAUGCAACAUUUUUUACUUUUAAUCGGACAGUAUUCAGAAGAAGCUACGUAAUAAAGAUUUCAAGCGGUUCAGAUAAUUCAAUACACGACAGUGCUCUCAAGUUUCGACUAAUGAUGAUUUAAUGCACAAGCUUCUUGUAUCAUCUGAUCUACUAAUUGCCUCUUUAAGGCAGAAAAGGGGCAAGAAUGAAGUUGAUAUGGAUCCUGGAAUUCUUGAAAUGAUGGACAAA